GUGGCGAUGAAUCAUCUAGCAAAGUUGGAUUAGUGAUUCCAGUGUGACAGGAAUAUUGGUAUCGUUUUUGAUGAAUAUCCAGUGAGUUCAUUCCACAACUAUGUCCAAGCCUGACCUGAUGCCAAAGAAUCAGUCGAAUGAUUGUGAUCUGGUAACAACUGUCGCACCGUUGAAUCUCAGCCAACUAGAAGUUCAAGUAUUUGAAUGGGCCAGGCAGAAUCGAACAGAUAUGCUUAAGAUUCCACUACAAGAUCAUAAAGUCAAUGUAAAUAUUCAGGACAACUUUAAUCGGACACCACUACACUUUGCCGCCAGCAGUGGGAACCUAGAAACUGUCAAAUUGUUGAUACAAUAUCGUGCCACGAUCGAUGUCAUGGAUAAGUUUGGGAUAACUCCCUUGAUGUGGUCAGUGUACAACAACCACAAGAAAGUUAGCAUUUAUCUCCUUGACAACGGAGCGAAGUAUACAAAAUUAACAAAGCAAGGACAAACCAUCAUUCACUUCGUCGCAGAAGCCAAUGCUAUCGGAAUUUUGAAAUAUCUUUACCAAAAAUAUCACAUUCUGAAAAUUGACGAACCGGAUCACACUGGACUCACACCAUUUCUUGUUGCAGCCCAUCGAGGCAAUCAGACCCUCAUGGAGGUUUUUUACAAGCAGCGAUGCAAUGUCCUCCAAAAAGACAGGCGUGGCAGAUCAGCACUGCAUUUGGCAGCAUGGAAAGGUCACAUGGGUGUGAUGGCAUAUCUUCUCAAACUGCCUCAGAUGUUGGAACUAAUUAACGACUUGGAUUCACAGGGGAAUAGUCCACUGCACUACGCGACAGAUUUGAAUCAACAGGAGAUAGUGAGACUGUUGCUGAUUGCCGGAGCGAACCCUGACAUCACAUCAGAGACAAAAGACACUCCUCUUAUUGAAGUUUCCCGGCUUGGGUACCAUACAUGUAUAGAAACCCUGCUGGCUCACAAAGCAAAUCGGAAGGCCACAACAAAAAAUGGUAACUCCGCACUUCACGAAGCCACACUGGCAAAUCUGCCGGACACCAUCUACUUCCUAAUAAGGCAUCAAUUUGAUGUAGAAGCAACCAACAAUCGUGGUCAAACUCCACUCCACCUUGCUGUAGAGCAAAACAAGUUGGAAACCGUGGAGGCGCUUCUCCUGGUUGGAGCGAGCCUGGGCGUUAAGUGCAAGGAUGGAAUCACUCCUUUGGAAGUUGCCGCCCGGGCAUCCUAUAGCACACUGGUCGACUUGAUUAUACAAGCUGAUCGUUGGCGGGAACAGAAUCCGGACGAAGUCAUUCAAAUACGAAAGAGGUUACUUAACCAGGACGAUGGUGGAGAUCGGAUGACACAUGAUUUGGCAUAUGAUAAAGGAUACUCGGCAAAUGACUUUAUGGAUAAUCACGACUAUCGACGAGUUACUCUCGAUGGGGGGCAGGCCACGGAAUCAGGCUCAAGUAGUGAAUGGCGAGGGAGCGGAGACCUUCCUGGUGUCUACGAAAAUCCAGUAGGCUUGGCUGCAAAAAGUCUUACCGAAACUGACAGUGAAACGGACGUUGGCUACCGAACACCAACAUCUGUUAGGCGUGCCAGUCAACCAACCGCACAACAGUCGAAAAGCAAUAGUACUUUACACAAUCAAGUAGGUGCUGACUCACAUAUGAACGAGUCCAACUUUAUGGACCCGUUCCAUGAUUUUCCCAUUGUCCCUCCAGCUACAAGUACUACCAGAGAAGCACCGAUUGAUUCAUUCUCACAUUCGGACAACUACAGUGACGAGCUUUCCCUCGGUUUCGAGGCAGCUCGCGUUUGGGAUGGUGGAAGCGAUCGAACUAACCAGCAUGCGCUGAAAGAUGACCUACUGUCUACAAAUUGGCACCAGUUUGAACUACACGAUACCAAUGCGUCAAGAAACUUGGGCUUGGGAAACCGAUCAAUUGUCGGGCAAGAACAGGUUCUUCCCAACGGAGAGGUAGUAAUAUGCCUGGGGAAGAAUUCCAUGACCAAUGGAUCCUCAGCGAAACGCAGCACUUUUUACGCUCUAUCAGAGGAAGGUCAAUUCAGUUUACUGAUGUGCCGACAGCCCUACGCUGAAGAAAUGAAGGUUCUGUUCUUCAAGCUGGCGAAAGAAUAUUCUAAACCAAAUGACUGGAAGGCCUUGGCAGCCGUUUGGAAUUUCAAACAAGAACAUGUGUCUGCUAUUGAAUAUCAAGAUACAGGUAAACACUCCUACGAACAACAUACUUACCGACUGAUGUGCAUAUGGUUGCAUGGACUCGAUGUCGACCAGUCACCACUGAACGAACUUUAUAAGGCUUUGGUUGCAAUCCAUCGUACAAAGCUAGCCGAAAAGCUUCGUAAAUCUGUGGAGUCAAGGAAAAAGUUAAAGAAGGGUUGUCGGGUACAGUAACUUGGUUUCAAUCCAAUGGCAGUCCAAGCCGCUAUCGUCCUAUGCUCACCCAUGUCAGAGGAGGCAUUCCUCAUAUCAGAUUUUACCCAAUAUUCUCCAAUAUCCUUUCCAGCAUUGUGUACAUUUAGUUUCAUUCAACAAAAUGCUUCAACGGGGAGCUAACCUAUCUUAUCGUCUAACGAUCAUCAUUCAAACCCCCCCCCCGUGAGAUUGGUACCAGUGAAUAUCCAUGUGAGAUGAAAGUGUAAAACAACAUAUGCAGCUUUCUGAUCAUUGAUCACUCUUUUCGAACAAACUGUAUGCUCUAAUUCACCGUUGACCUAGAUUUUCACUUUAACAAAUCCUGCUGCUUGAAAACUUCCGAAAAUACACUUUAUCCGC